GUUCGGGAAGAGUUCAGGAUGCAUGGUGUGAAUGCUUUUUGUUAUCUUUUAUUAGAUCCCAGGAAGAUAACGGAUAGUGUGGAGUCGCUUGAUCUUAAAGGAUUUAUUCCUUCAAUUUUUUAUGUCGGGAAAGGAUCAAAGGCUCGUCCUUUCGCUCACCUUAUUGAAGCGAAAAAAGAGAAGAAUGCAAGGUCGCCGAAACUGAUAUCUAAUGCAAAACUUCAACGCAUUAAUUCUAUAUGGGAUAGUGGGAACGGUGUGGUAUGUCUUCAAAUAUACCACAAUAUUUCUGAUGACGAAGCUUUCGUUCGCGAGGCUGCCCUUAUCGACGCGAUCAGACUGGAGAACUUGACAAACAUGAAGGUAUGGCUCAUGCAGUUAUAG